AUCAUAUGCAUCCCUUGAUUUAAAUUGAAGAUGCAGGCUUGCUGAAUUGUUGCAAGACACCACAUUGCGAACGGGGAAGUUCAUAGCGCCUUUUUCCGUUCGUAGUCAACGCCGCUCACAGGUCGGGGUAGUCUUUUUUCAACCAUGGUUGACUGGAAUGCGCUUUUCUUCCUCGACCGACUCCGAAGAAGUCUGUGGCGAAGAGUUGCUAUAAGAUGCUGGGUGGCUGCGUUCCUUUGCAUUUUGAGCAUGCUCAUAUCGCCCAUUGAACAUGCGGCAGGACAAGCUGCUUUCCUCCCUAUGAUCUUUGUAUUCAUCAAACCUCCCUCAGAUCCCACGAUAGUCUUUCUAUACCAAUGGGUUUUGACCGCUAUAUUUGUAGCCGCGGAGUGGGCAUGGUGCAUUUUGGGAAUGAAGCUCAGCGUGCUUGCGCGCAAUCAAGUGCACGAUCAACGCAUAUUUAACAGCACGGUACACAGUAUUUACACUCACGACCCCAAUGCAACAGGAGCACAGAUAGAAGGCGCCCUGAUCCGUAAGGUUUUCGAAGGGGAAUUCCUUCAGGCUGGUUCUUCUGCUGUCUGGGCUGCCUUCCUGUUCGUGGGGACGUACUUUGCUCUCUUGAUUCGUGUGUACAACGUGAAACUCUUCUUUAUCAUGGUGUUUGCGGUUAUUUUGGUUUCAAUAUUUGCCACGAUAGCGCCUCUCAUACCCGUUUUCUUCGCUCUCCCGUUGAGUCAGCUGAUUCUGGUUCCUUUCACUUACUAUUGUGCCGCAGCCCUCUUUGCAGUAACUUUUGUCUUCCCAACUUCAGCGGCAGAAACAUGCUCUGAGCUGUUGCGGACCCAGUCAAUGGCUCUUUUCUCCGUAUUUGACGGAUUUUCCCCUUCUGGUUUAAACGCCAUUCGGAAAGGGAUUCUGGAUUCCACCAUCACCGUGGAACAAGCACUCAAACGACAUUUAGAAAAACGUUUCGCCAUCAUAAGUUCCUUUGACUUGGUCACUCCCCUGCUACCGUUCUUGGGAAGAGAAAUUAGUAUUGGGAAUGCUAGCGGUGCAGACAUCCGCGAGCUAGCGUACUUCAUGAGGGCCUUGGCGCGGUCAAUAUCCGGGUUUUCUGCUUUCGGUCGACAUAUACAGGCGCGGGGAACGAAUGCUCUCCCUCCCUCGAGUACCCUAGCAGAGGAUGAAGCCAAGUUUGAUGGUUUGGAGGAAGUUUAUCGGCCUGACGAUGCUAUUUUUGCUGUUAUCGCAGCCCUCGAAUCCUCAGCAACCACGAAUUCUCGUUUCGCCGCUCUGUCGAAGGGCAUGAAGGCACUUUCUUCUUUCUAUGAUCGCCAAACUAGCUGGAAGCUUACGACGGGUGUCAUCGCUCUGUUCUCCAAACGUCAAGAUGCCGAGUCAGAACUCGCUUCCGCGAUUUCGGAGAUUGAAGCUGCUCUUCGCUUGCCGCUUGAUCAGAUACCAUCAAGCACUGGCUCUUCCGAGGCUCAAAAUACCGACCAACAGAUCCAAAGCCAGAAUACUGCAAAUGAUCCUCAUCCUUUUCAAUCUUAUCUACACAUUCUUUAUACGGAGUCUCUUGCGGUGACUCUCGCUCAUCUCUUGGAACCUCUUCGUGUGGCGAAGCGAAUCGAGUCUCAGAGUGUGAGGAUUUGGUUCCCGUGGACUUCAGCUCCAAAGGGCGAAAGAGCUCCCCAGCCCCCCAACAACGGCUCUUCCAAUGAAGACUCGGCUGCGAAACCGAAUACUAAGUUCGCACCAGAGGAUGAAGUUCCGGAGAAACGUUUGAUUGGCAUCCGGUUUGUUUUCACGGGCAGUGGUGAAAUUCCGGUGGGUGAAGAUAAUCCCGAUCGUAUUCAGGGGAUGGAUCUCCGUCAAAAAGAAACUACAUCGCGGUUCGCGGAAAUGGGAGUGCAACUGGAUCACCACGAUCCUUUGGGCGAGAAAUUCCGAAGCGGUUUCUUACAUGACAUUGUCGGAUUUCUCCGUUGGCUUGGCGGGACCGAAUCGACGUUCUCGUUGAAGAUUGCGAUUUUGGCGGUCGCUUUGGCGUGUCCGGCUUGGAUCACGAAUAAUGGGACGGCCAAGUUCUAUUACGAUAACAAAGGGGCAUGGGCUCUUAUCAUGGCCAUGACUGCGAAGGGUGUCUACAGCUCUGAAACGACUUAUGGUUUCGUUCAGCGUGUCGUAGGCGCCGUCAUGGGCGCUACUGGUGCGAUGGUAGCAUGGUAUAUUUCGACCGGGACAACAUCCACUGCCGGUGUCGUUUUGGGAUACAGCUGGAUAGACGAGACGCUUCCAGUUGCAUAUAACCCAGGAGUAGGGUACCAAGUCUACUGGAGACGACUUCUCCUUGUAGUGAUCGGGUUGACUGCAACCUGGAUCAUCGACCUUCUUCCCAAGCCUAAAACCGGGAGAGAGGAUCUCCGCAAAACAUAUGCCCGAACAACCUUUGCAAUUGGGACAGUUGCUGCGUCGGUCCUCACACGCCUCAAGCAAUCCUCUGGGCCUGAUGAUCACACCUUGCACACGUGGCGUGCGAUUGACAACGGAAUUGGCAGCCAAAUCUUGAACAUUCACAGGCCAUUACCGUAACUUGGAGCGCAUUCAGUUCGAGCUGCUCGACCUGUUGGCGAUCUUGGCUUUCAUCGCGGAACAGCUUGACGCCAACACAAGGGCUCAACUA